GCUGCUGCAAGUUUGGGGCAGAAGACUUACCUGCAUUUCCACAGCUGAGUCGGGAUACCACAUAGGAAAAGAAGAGUUUUAUUUCCAUCAGGUCUGCAAGAAAGGAAAAACACUGACAGGUUGCUUCAUUAAUUGUUCCAGAAUUGUAUUAUCUUUACAACCUAUUGAAGAGUAAGGCCAUCAUCAAAGAGCAGAGGGCAGGGCACUCCUUAGCCUUGUGAGAGAUGCUGGAUCAGGUGGGCACCUUGUGUGGCAUUCAGCAGCAGCAGCACUGAAGAAAGCCUCGGACCCUUGUGUCUGCAUGUGCUUUGUGACAAAGAGCAUGUGGAGAGUGGCAUUGCCUCUCUGGGGGGCACUUUGGCUCUUCUACACCCUGCUGAGCCUGGCACAGGGCACCUUGGUGGACAGGAGAUCCAGCAUGGACAGUGGAUUUUUAUACAGACGUCUCAAGAACCACGAGAAGCGAGAGAUGCAGAAGGAGAUCCUGUCCAUCCUGGGGCUUCUCCACAGACCCAGACCCAUGCAUGCACUUAGCCCUGCCCAGCUAAACCAGCCUGGAAAGCUCAACUCAGCUCCCCUGUUCAUGUUAGACCUGUACAAUGCCAUGUCUGGCCAGGACCAGGGAAUGGACUUGAAAGAUUGGUCACACAGGGCAACUUUGCACAGUCAUCAACUCAAGGUCAAAAACCUACUGGGCAGUCAUUUAGGCAGCACUCAGGACAGUGCCUUCCUCAGCGAUGCAGACAUGGUCAUGAGCUUUGUCAACUUGGUUGAACAUGGCAAGGAGUUGUCACCACGUCUUUGGCACCAUAAAGAAUUCAAGUUUAAUAUAUCCCAAAUUCCAGAAGGAGAGGCAGUGACUGGUGCAGAGUUUCGGAUAUACAAGGACUGUGUCCUCGGCAGCUUUGAGAACCAAACUUUUCUAAUUAGCAUCUACCAAGUCUUAGCUGAGCACCAGAACAGGGAAACAAAUAUCUUUUUAUUGAAUACCCAAACAGUAUGGGCUUCGGAUGAAGGCUGGCUGGAGUUUGAUAUUACUGCAACAAGCAACCUAUGGGUUAUGAACCCUCGGCAUAAUUUUGGACUGCAACUCAGAGUGGAGACAAAAGAUGGCCGAAAUAUAAAUACGAAGGCUGCAGGUUUGGUUGGCAGGGAUGGUCCUUAUGACAAACAACCAUUUAUGGUGGCAUUUUUUAAAGCCAGUGAAGUUCAUUUGAGGACAACAAGAUCUGCAACAAGCAAACGUAAAAAUCAGAAUCGCAACCGCUACACACAAGCUCAGGAUGUGUCCAGGGUAUCCAGUAUAACUGAUUACAACAACCGUGAGCUUAAAACAGCAUGCCGGAAGCAUGAAUUGUAUGUUAGCUUUCAAGACUUGGGGUGGCAGGACUGGAUUAUUGCACCAAAAGGAUAUUCAGCCAAUUACUGUGGUGGAGAAUGUUCAUUUCCGCUCAACGCUCACAUGAAUGCUACAAAUCAUGCAAUUGUGCAGACACUGGUGCAUCUUAUGAAUCCGGAGUAUGUCCCAAAGCCAUGUUGUGCACCCACCAAGCUGAACGCCGUCUCAGUUCUUUACUUUGAUGACAAUUCUAACGUCAUCUUAAAGAAAUAUAGGAAUAUGGUGGUUAGAGCAUGCGGCUGUCAUUAGGAGAAGUCCAGCAGAAGACAUUUGCAAAGACAUCUGAUUGCUUUCAAGCUGCCAAAUUAUGUGGAGAGAAAGGAAGGAACUGUAUCCUGAACUGGUUUAUUUGAAAUACUAGGGAUGGAUUUCACAUAAACUUGUUUUUCAUUCCCAUAAGAUAUGAUUUUUUUUCACUAAGAUGGACAAUUUUAAGGUGAAAAGAGAAUCUUCCAAAAUAGUUUUGCAAAUUUCCAUCCAUUAAAUAGCUUGGAUCAAGCUGUGCUUCGCUGUCUUAAGAACUAAUAUAUAUUAGAGUGCUGGGGUUAAGUUAUGUAGAAUGUAUUACAAGCCACACCUAUGUGCACCCAAUAAAAAGGGAUGAGCUGCA